CCCUGAUGCGCAGAGUCAACUGUAGCUCCUCUACCAACAUCCCAGCUUGAGAAGGCAGGCCUUGGAGUGGGGUGGACAAACCUGCCAGAUCAUCCACUUCAUGUGUGUGAACUUUCUCCUCAAACACACCCUUUUCAACUAGUUUUGCAUACAACAGGUCUUUUAACUCCUGUUUUUUUGUUUUUGUAGGCACAAACACAUCAUAGAACUGUGCAAUUAACACUAAAUCUGCUACCGUGCAGUUAUCUAGUAUCUCAAUGGAGGGUUCCUGAGUAAACAAUUCGAAUUGACUCUCCAUUGUGAAUUCCAAACAGACAAACUGUCAACCAGAAACAUAGAAUGUAUGGAAAUAGCCAUGCUUACCCGACCCGAUGACAAGAACAGAAAGACCGGAUGAACGAGCCCCCAAAUAUAUUAUGCCCAGACCUAGGGGAACCUAGGCGCAGCAUAAAAUGCACUCUCCCCACUUUUCCCACUCCCAAGAACAAGGACACCAAAACAGAGAAAGCCUUUUACACACCGGAGUAGCAAAACCACAAAACAAAGAAAGCUUUUAACACAAAAUCUUAACUAUCAAAUGAGAAAAAUAAACGUACAAAAAUCUUACCUACUCUAAUGCACAAACAGGAGAAAAGCAAAAUAAAUAAAGCGUGUUUAACAAAGACAGGUUUAGUAGCUUUUCUCACAACACGGGAGAAAGGACCGGCAUACGGUAUAACUAAGCAAUCAGUGUAACAGGACAGACAUCGCAGCGCAGAUGUGUGUUGGGAGUAGGAGAAGUCUAGUCGGUGAGAGGCCGAGGAACUGCACGGCUGCAGUUAAAUAUCCUCUCUUCUUCAGUUGGACCAAUCAGCAGGUUGAAGGUAGCUAAUCAGCUUAACGGGCACCACCUGUUGCUCACACACACACACACACACACACUCAUAGACACAGGAGGGAAAAAUGUCCACACACAUGACCUAACGACCCAGGGUCGUAACACAAUAAAAACAUUUCUUUCAACACAUUGGCAUAAAUAGGCUUCCAUACUUCAGCCUUGUGUAGCGAGCACUCACGAUGUUUCCACCAAGGCCGCAUCAUUGAGCAUUGCAUUGGCAAAAGGUACCUUUGCACACAAGUACACAGUCUCAAGGACAGAAGCGUGUUCAACGUUGAAGCUGAUGACACAGCUGUGAUUCCUUUUUUUUUUCUCACACCUUAUAUAACGCACCCUUACAAGCAUCACCCACAUGCUGCUUUUCUAUGCACACUUGCACAUUACUGUGAGGUUUUGACUCCAGGUAUUUUCAUGGAAGCAAUAAAGCAGCUACACACACUCAGUCCUUUUUCACUCACACAUGCAGGGCAGGAAGCAAUGCUCUCUGUCCGCAAUGGGGAAAUAAACAUUCUCCACUGCUGUAUAGAGUGUGUUUUCACUUCUAAAUCAAUAAAAAAGCACAAUUCAUGUUUGCAGCACUAACAAUGCUAACCGUUUGUGUUCUUUUUCAUGUUAGCGGGUCACACUCUGGAUCUGUUGGAGCCGCUGGUGAAGUUCCAGGUUGGUCUAAAGAAACUCAACCUGCACGAGGAGGAACACGUGCUGCUCAUGGCCAUCUGCCUGCUCUCCCCAGAUCGCCCUGGAGUCCAGGACCACGGUCGCAUCGAGCAGCUGCAGGACCACCUGUCGGAGGCGCUGCAGGCCUACAUCCAGGUGAACCACCCGGGCGGACGCCUCCUCUACGCCAAGAUGAUCCAGAAGCUGGCCGACCUGCGCAGCCUGAACGAGGAGCACUCCAAGCAGUACCGCUCCCUCUCCUUCCAGCCCGAGCACAGCAUGCAGCUCACCCCGCUGGUGCUGGAAGUGUUCGGCAGCGAGGUGUCAUAGCAGUGGAGGAAGCCCGCUCACACACACACACACACUCACCACACAUCACAGGAAGAUAUACCGACCCCUGCCGCCUUCUUUUCCCCGACGGAACCCCAGCUCUGAUAGACACAAGGAAGAAGGAUGGAUAAUCCCGUAGGUAGAUGGUCACCUUCACCUCCUCCUCAUCGUCACCUGACCUCGAGCGGCAAGGCUCCGGAUUUACAGAUUUAAGACACCUGGAUAUGCUCUGCAUUUUUGCAGCACCUUGGAUAACCAGAUUAUAUUUUAACCUCUGGUACACAGUACCACAUUAAAGGUCAGGCAGAUAUCCUGACUCUGGAGUAGAUCGACAUCCUGAUCCUCUCCGAAAUUCGCAAAAUCAAAUGAAAUAUCGCCUUUUUCUGCUCACCUCCUUUCCUUCCAGACUUCACUGCUAGAUUCCUGCCAUUUUCUUUUUGUUUUGACAGCGUGACGGAUGUGACGUUCACAUCCCCUUAUAACCUUCAUCCUCAUAACAAGUGCGAGGAAUACAUUCACAGAUUUACAUCUAUUAACCACGCUGGCACUUCUUAGGUACAAAUUAUACGCAAGCAAUGUUCCUACACCUAGAUCGCUAUGUUGAUUUAUCGACAGCAAAGAUAUCCAAAUAUAUUAAACAUCAACACAGCCAGCUAGCUUACGAUAAUAUAGUGGAAAAACUUUAAAAGAUGCUUGGUUAAGACAGGCUGUGUUUUCUGUGUAUGUGCAGCUGGAGAAAAGAAAGGAAGUUACAGUAGGAAUGUUUCAGUGUGGUAACGGUGACAAGAGAAGUGGGAUUUGGAGUCACGGAGGUGUGGUAGCUGGAGGGAGGGAUAUGCUACGGUUGGAAUUCCCUGUUCACAAGACAAAGGGAAUUUCACAAAACAAGAAUGUAUGUAUAAUGCUAUAUAAAUAUAAAUGAUACGUAUA